AUGAGCUCCCAAGGAUACCCGAGCCUGCUCCUCCUCCCGCUCCCACCCCGGCCGCCGUCUCGCGCCUCGCUCAGCGCCGCUUACCGUCCGUCGCUACUAGCAGUUUUGUCCCGGGUCAAGAGCCCAGCUCGAUCUUCCGUCCUCAUCGUGGCCGUCGUGUGUCCUCUCCUUCGCGGGGCAUCACCAAAAACCAAGUCGCUGUCAUGGGCAGCUGCCCAGUCUCUGGUGGCCGGUCUCUACAGUCUCAUCGCUUUGAUUUGCGCCGAAGAGGCCAUUGCCACCGAUGUUAAUGGUGGACCCGGGUCGGUUGACGCGCGCGUUGUCUUGGUAGACCAUGAUGCCAAUCGGAGGUUUGCGCCGGAUUUUGUCGCCGCCGUUGAACCCAACAACACGACGGUUGUGGACCUACCAACCUUCGCCUCGGCAUAUCACCCUUGGAACUUCAUCUUUCAUGUCAACAGCGAGCAAGGCUACCGCACCCUGUCUGCAUAUCUCAAGUUCGCUGAGAAUAGGCAAACGAUCCUGCAGUCGCAACUGGCAGUUGUUGAGGCAGGUUUAAGUAUGAACAUCGAGGGUUCGGGCGAGGACCCCGGGGAAGACACCCCAGGAUACUCCAUCGUGUGUCUAGGAGGCACAUUCGAUCAUUUACACCCGGGCCACAAAUUGCUUCUGACGGCCGCGGCACUUCUCCUCCGGGUGCCGGUCAAAGACUCGACGUCGAGUUGCCGUUUGAUUGUUGGCAUCACCGGAGACCAGCUCUUGGUGAACAAGAAACACGCAGAGCUCGUGCAAUCCUGGGAUGACAGGGCACAAUACACCAUCGAAUUUCUAUCAUCCCUCCUCGAGCUGAACAAAGGCGGGUGGAAGAAGAAGACGAGCCUGGCCGAGACGGUGACGAAACAGCCAGGGCGUGUCGAGGCGACCUUCCGUGGCGGUGCCAUCAUCGUCGAGUGUGUCGAAAUUCAGGACGGCUUUGGCCCAACCGUGACGCAGGAGGAUAUGGACGUGCUAGUAUUUUCGGGGGAGACGCGGUCGGGAGGACAGGCCGUUAACGACAAACGGACGGCCCAGGGAUGGAAGCCACUGGAAACGUUUGAAGUAGAGGUACUGAACGCCAACGAGCCGGAUGAUGGUGAUGAGGCGACCCACAUGGAGAAUUUCGCGUCCAAGAUUAGUAGCACGGCGAUCCGGCAGCAGAAGGCAGAGGCAGCCGCCGCCGCAGCUGCAACAGCAAGGCCAGAUAGCAAAAGCCGGCUAGCCUAG